UAUGCGUAGGGUGAGGUGAGGUAGGCGCACACAGACGUAAGGUACCUAGUGAGUGGUGCUCCUUGGUUACGCAAAGAAAAUGUGGAACCCAACAAAACGCGGCAGGUAUCUAAUCUCAUUAAUGGAUAAUUUAAAACCACUGCUGGACCCCCCUUCUCGAUGCCUUCCACUUUCUUCGUGCCACUGAUAUUCGUCUUGUGCGUGCGGUCACUACUCUCGAAAACACAGGCAGACUCGACAACUGCGCCAGAUCAUUUCGAUUGACGCAUUCUCCGUCUCAUACCCUCCUCUGCCCAGUAUGGGUCUCCUCCAAGAAGUCGCGGGACCGGUGUCCCAGCAGUUCCAGACUCUGGGAACUGCGUCGCAAGUCGCAAUCGUUUUCGCCGCUGUCGUGGUCGUCUCCGUCAUCCUGAAUGUCGCAAACCAGAUCCUCUUCAAGAACAAGAAUGAGCCUCCCAUGGUCUUCCACUGGUUCCCCUUCAUCGGCAGCACCGUCAUCUAUGGCAUGGACCCCCCAGCUUUCUUCAAGGCCAACCGUGAAAAGUAUGGCGAUGUCUUCACUUUCGUUCUCCUCGGCAAGAAGACCACGGUCGCUCUCGGAACUCAGGGCAAUGACUUCAUCCUCAACGGCAAGCUCAAGGAUGUAAAUGCGGAGGAUAUCUACACUGUUUUGACCACUCCCGUUUUUGGACGCGAUGUUGUCUACGACUGCCCCAACGCCAAGCUCAUGGAGCAGAAGAAGUUCAUGAAGAUUGCCCUCACCACUGAGGCCUUCCGCUCCUACACCCCCAUCAUUGCCGACGAGGUCACCAACUACUUCAAGCGCAGCCCUGACUUUAAGGGCAAGUCUGGCGUCGUCAACCUCCCCCCCAAGCUGGCCGAGAUCACCAUUUUCACCGCCUCCCACGCUCUUCAGGGCGCCGAGAUCCGCAACAAGUUCGACGAGUCCCUUGCCUCUCUCUACCAUGACCUCGACAUGGGCUUCACCUCCAUCAACUUCGUGCUGCACUGGGCCCCUCUCCCCUGGAACAAGAAGCGUGACCACGCCCAGCGCACCGUUGCUCAGAUCUACAUGGACGAAAUCAAGCAGCGCCGUGAGCAAGGCCGCACCGACGGACUCGAUAUCAUGACCCAUCUGAUGAACUCUACCUACAAGAACGGCACCAAGGUCCCCGACCACGAGAUCGCCAACAUGAUGAUUGCCCUCCUCAUGGCCGGCCAGCACUCUUCCUCUUCCACCAGCUCUUGGAUCAUGCUUCGUCUCGCCCAGUACCCUCAGAUCAUGGAGGAGCUCUACGAGGAGCAAGUCCGUGUUCUCGGUGCCGACCUUCCUCCCCUGACCUACGAAGACCUCGCCAAGCUGCCCCUCAACCAGGCCAUCAUCAAGGAGACUCUUCGCCUGCACGCCCCCAUCCACUCCAUUAUGCGCGCCGUUACAUCUCCCAUGCCCGUUCCCGGUACCAAGUUUGUCAUUCCCACCAGCCACACCCUCCUCGCCGCUCCUGGUGUCUCUGGCUCCGACCCCGUCUACUUCCCCGAGCCCGAGGAAUGGAACCCCCACCGCUGGGACGCCGACUCUCCUAUCGCCCCCAGACUUGGACGCCCCGAAGAUGGCGAAGAUGAGAAGAUCGAUUACGGUUACGGCUUGGUUAGCAAGGGUGCCGGAUCGCCUUACCUCCCCUUCGGCGCCGGUCGUCACCGCUGCAUCGGUGAGCACUUUGCCAACCUGCAGCUGCAGACCAUUACCGCCAUGAUUGUCAGAGAAUUCAAGUUCCGCAACGCCGACGGUAGCAACAAGAUCAACGGCACCGAUUACGCCUCCCUCUUCUCACGGCCAUUGGAGCCCGCCAACAUCUACUGGGAGAAGCGCAACCCCUAGAUGAUGAGUAUUUUUAAAGGAGGGGUUUUUGGGUUGAGGAUUGUACAUUGCAAGCCAUUAUGACUAUAUAUCACAUGGUAAAGAGGGAUAAAAGAGACUUAGACAUGACAGCGCUACGGCGCCAGAAGGUGGCAGACUAGACGGUCACCACCGAAUAAUAUUAAUACAAAAGACCGUUAUGACAUCACGACUAUCCAUUCAACCGUCCAUCCCACCAACCA